CUGGUAUACACUGAGUGAUGCCGACCUGUGUCGUACAAGGCAACAGUACAGCGCGAGAUGAAAGUCACUCUUGACACCAAGCUUCAGAAUAACUUAUUGCAGUUGUGGUGGAGGUUUUCAUAACGUCAGUGGAAUUUCCGACCAGCUCGGCUCUCUCCUGUACAAGCGGCUUCACAGCGCCAGUGGUGAGGCAGCAAAACAAUAAGAUAAAAGGGAAAUACUUAAUAAAUUAUGCAGGUAGAUGUGAUUAUAUUUCAAUUGGCUGCGUUUGAUGCCCGAGCCCUCCGGUAUUGAGAUACCAGAUAUAAGGGACGCUUUUUCAGGAGGAUAGGAACUUCACAAAAACUAUGCUGUGCGAAAUAUUGGCGGAUAUUUGGGAGCACAUGGCAAAAAAGUCUAUGUUGUGAAUUUCCACUGAUUUUCGUGAAUCGUUAAAUAAACAAAGAACAAUUUAUUUUCUUUGGUGUGGAUUGUGGUAUUUGAGCCAAUGGAAUUUGUUCUUUUUCCAAUAUAGGUAAAUAUAUCGAAUAAUAAGAUUAAUUUCUUCGUAAUGGGUAUUUAGUGUGCAUGUGUGUUCCCAAGCCAUCCUUAUAAGCAGUGAUCUAUGAUCACAGUUUCCACUGCAGAAGAAGCUCUCAAUGAGGGAACGUACUAAAUUCAUUGGAAAUUGGAUUUUCAAUUGGCAGUAUUUUUUUAAUGUCAUUAGCGAUCCGUGCUUUUUUGCAGUGAAAUAUGAGCUAGUCUUGGCAGUCGAGUUUUAACCACGUUCUAAGAAGGUCAUAAAAUUUUAAAACACUCUCGAUGACUGUUGAGUAAAACAACAGACUUCCAGAAGCUGUCUGAAGAUCUAAAUUAGGGAGUGCCAAUCAAGGUUCGUUUUAAUGGAGACUUCCCAAGGAGAGACAAAUUAGGAUGAGAACGGGCACAGAGAAAGGGUGAUAAUUCCGAGUUUUUAUGUCCCAGGCUCAGACCCCGGCGACAAAGCGUGUGUUAAACCUGAUUGAAUUACUAACUUAGCUGUGUUAAGGGACAAAAUACCAAUUUACAAAUCCUUAAUACACUAUCGAUGUUCUAUAACUCCACAACCACCUCCAAGAAGAAGCUUAUGUUGAGAGACGUUUCAUGAUGGUGUGGUUCUACUAAUUUCCAAAGAUAUUAUUUAUAGGACAAUAAUUCAUUCAAAACAACUCUAAACAGGAUGAAUAUCCGACGAUGUCUCCGUAAAACUCUGAAGUUUUUUCUGUGCACAAUUCAUUCCAAGGAUGUAGCAUGGAUUUUUUUCAUUUUCAUCCUUAUCACCAUUCCAGGCAUAUCGCUGUGUCAGCAUCAUCAGUCCACGGAGUUUAUGGAUAUCCAGUUUAACUAUACCUACACGGCUGGAGACCUAGCCACGCUGUACUGUAGAAUCAAGGACUUGGGCACCAAAGUGGUGGUAUGGAGGCGUACUUCUCAGCCUCACCCUAUUACAGUGGGUCUGGACAUUUACAUACCAGACGACAGAUAUCACGUGCAACAUAUUCCAUAUCGAGGCAGCUGGAAUCUGAUGAUUAAGAACGUGAAUGUGAAUGACGCGGGUGUGUACGAAUGCCAAAUAAGUGCCAAAGAGAGAGCGGGCUCCAGGAGGCUCGUUCUACUCAAUGUCCUUGAGCCACCAUCUACAACGACACAGAAAACAAUGUCCCCACCAGACAUAUACAUUACGACCAGCUCCAACUUUGUUGAAGUAGGUCGUACAAUAACUGUGAUGUGCAAUGCCACAGCCAUAGAUUUCCCCACUGGCGACAUUGACUGGUUCAUUGACGGACAUAAAGUCAGAGAAAACUCGCGGACCACAAUAACAAAAUAUUCAUCAUUUGUAGAAAAAGUGAUCAUAAGUAAACUUACUAUUACGCAUGCGCAGCUCGAGGAUGCCGGAACCUAUGUUUGCCGGACUUCUGAAUCUCAGAUCACCAACACAAAAAUUCAUGUUUUGAGUGCAAGGUCGGUCAACUCGAAGCGAGGGACAGAUAGCGAAGAGAGAGUCGUAAAAUCACAGGAAUCGUCUGCAUCGUCAUUACUUGUGUCAUUUCCAGGACGGUUGCAUCUUUUGUUCUAUUUUGUUGUUUACUAUUGUGGUAGGACUUGAUCGUUACUUGUUUUCAAUGAAUUGAUUUUUCUAUGCAUUACAUUGUUAUCAAUAAAUAUAUUUUUC